CUAAAAUUAAGAUGUCUUCAAUGCAAAAUGCUAUGAACUUUUUAAAACGUCGAUUUUCUGACACUAAUUUUAACUCGAAUCUUCCGAACGGAUAUCUGGAAAGCGACGAUGACGUCAGUGUUACGUCAUCAGUUUCCCGAGGCACACCGCAAAAGCAACAAAUUGCACAACCUGGGAUUAAUCAACAAAAUAAGACAAAUGUUAACCCAGCACAGUCAGGUCAAGUCAGCAGCACUGGCGGGUUCUUUGCGUCACUUGCAUCAGGAAAUCCACUGGCAGUUUUAAAAGUUGAUGGUAAUGAACAGAUAAAGACUGUUCUUGUGGUCGAUGAACAACAUACGGAUUGGUCCAAAUAUUUGAAAGGCAGGAAGAUUCAUAAUGAUUAUACUGUUCGUGUGGAACAAGCAGAAUUCAGUGAAUUGAGUUUAUCAAGUCACAGCGUAAAUGGUGUAACUGUCGAUAUCAACUGUUACAGGAACGGCAACAAAGUGGUUAGAUCAUUCAAACCUGAUUUUCUGCUUGUCCGUCAAACUCCCAGAUCGAUGGCCCAGGGGGAAGAUUUUAGAAACCUUGUAAUUGGACUUAAAUACGGUGGAAUUCCUUCCGUGAAUUCUCUGCAUUCUCAGUUUAACUUUAUGGACAAACCGUGGACGUUCUCUCAGCUGAUACGAAUCCAAAAGCGAUUGGGUCCAGAGAAAUUCCCUCUUGUGGAACAGACGUACUACCCAUCACACAAGCAAAUGCUGACGUCAUCACACUUUCCAGUGGUUCUCAAAAUCGGUCAUGCGCAUCGAGGCAUGGCAAAGUUUAAAGUCGAAAAUCAUUACGAGUUUCAAGACGUAGUAAGCGUGGCCGCUCUUACCAAUGCAUACGUGGUGUCCGAAACCUUCAUUGAUUCUGCAUACGAUAUAAGAGUACAGAAGAUCGGUGGAAAUUAUAAGUCAUAUAUUCGAACGUCAAUAUCAAAGAACUGGAAAGCGAACACGGGUUCUGCCAUGUUAGAAGAAACUCCAGUAACAGAACGACACAAGUUAUGGGUGGAUGCUUGCAGUGAAAUGUUCGGAGGUCUUGAUAUAGUGGCGGUAAAAGCUGUGCAUGGGAAAGACGGAAGAGAUUAUAUUAUUGAGGUUGUGGAUUGUUCGAUGCCAUUGAUCGGUGAGAGACAGGAAGAAGACCGUAGGAUGAUCAGUGAUCUUGUGAUGCAGAGGAUGACUGCUUGUACAAGACCCCGCCCAGACCACACCCCUUCAACUGCAGCGUCGGUAUAUGGAAGAAGUUACUCGAGCCAAAAUACGAGUCGAGAAAUGACGCCGCAAAGAAACGUACAAGUACCACAGAACCGUCCGAACCAUGCCAUUCCAUCUUGUCCACCAUCGGCGCCACUGAGCAGUCAUAGCUCUGAGCCACCAUCGCCUACCGCCACCCGGCGAAGCAACAGCGUCAGUGAACCGUCGUCACCAGGAGGAGACCGAGAGCGAAUUAGGUCUACGACUGUUAGCGAAGACGAAGAGAGCAAAGCGGAAAAGAUCCGAAGCCUGCGUCAGUCAUUUGCAAAUUUAUUUUCUGAUUAAGACAGUUUUAUAAAGUAAAUAUUAUUGUAUCAGUUUUAUAACGUAAAAAAUCGACACCAGCUUUUUAAAGCGUGUACGACAAAACACAUAUGCUUGCAAUAGCGCGAAUAU